UGUUUGGAGGAGACGGGGAAAGAAGAGACAUGGGUCACAAUUAUCAUAAAAGAAAGGAAAAUAUAACUCCCUCCCAUCUCCUCCAAACACACCAGACCUAGCUAGACUUCACCCUGAAUCUCAUUAUUAUAGAGGCAACAGGAAUUUACAGUAAUAACUGUGGUCACACAGCCUCAGAUAGUUCUACUCAUAAAAACUAUCAUCUACUAGUCAGCCAUCCCGUCUUUACCCUGAAAAUAACAAGCGGUUCAUGUUUCAACUUGCCCACGGAGGAAUUAAAGCAGACUCCAAUACACCCCAGGCAUGCCAGCAUUGACACAGGAAUUUUGGAAGCAAAGCUGCUCAGAGCAGCGUCCAACCCUUUCAGUCAAUACCAGAACUGAGCCUGAGGAUGAGCCAUUUCACUGCCUGCAAAUCUACGUGGCCUCAUCCCUCACGUAACUGUGUAAAACGUUUCGUUUAACAGAUACCAAUUGGGACCGCUAACAACUACCUCCCCAGAACUGGAGGCUUUUUGAAAAACAACACACAUACACACAUAAAAAAAAAAUAAAAAUAGUCUCAAGUUUGAUUUAGAUAUAAACAACUAACUCCUGCAACUUAAUGCAAAUUAUAUCAGUAAGCAGAACCGUUUUACGGUGACUUCCUAACAAAGCAGCUCUGCGUGGCUUCACUCGCUGAACCCCCCCUCCCCUUUAGCAGGCUCCGCGAGCCGGGCGGGAACGGCGGCGGAAGGAGCACGGCCGCGGCGGGGGAGGGGGCAGCGCCUCCGCCUCUUCCCGGGGAGUGGUGGCGGGAGGCGGCCAUCCCGCCCCUCGGCUGGCGGGACACUUAAAGUGCGCCAGAGCAGCCGGGAGAGCCCCGUCAGCUGCCGCCAUGUCCACCCCUGCCAAGCGGCACUGCCGCAGCCCCGCUAGCUCGCUCGACUCCAGCCUCCAGAAGCGCCUCAGGAAGAUUUCCAUCGAGGGGAACAUCGCUGCAGGAAAGUCAACAUUUGUCAGGCUACUAGAAAAACACAGCGAUGAGUGGGAGAUCAUCCCGGAACCCAUCGCCAAGUGGUGCAACAUCCAGACAGCAGAAGAUGAGUAUGAGGAACUUUCAACAUCUCAGAAGAGUGGAGGAAAUCUACUUCAAAUGCUCUAUGAUAAACCCACAAGAUGGGCUUAUACAUUCCAGACUUAUGCUUGCUUGAGCCGAGUAAGGGCACAAUUAAAACCUGUCUCAGCCAAGCUACAUGAAGCAGAACAUCCAGUGCAAUUUUUUGAGAGAUCUGUAUACAGUGACAGAUAUGUAUUUGCUUCUAACCUGUUUGAGUCUGGAAAUAUUAAUGAAACAGAGUGGGCUAUUUAUCAGGACUGGCACACAUGGCUUUUGAAUCAGUUUGAAUCAGAUAUAGAACUGGAUGGCAUGAUCUACCUAAGAACCACACCUCAGAAAUGCAUGGAAAGGCUACAGAUGAGAGGAAGAGAGGAGGAACAAGGAAUUGAACUUGAGUAUUUGGAAAACCUCCACUAUAAACAUGAAACCUGGCUUCAUGAAAGGACUAUGAGAGUUGAUUUUGACAACCUUAAAGAGAUUCCCAUUUUAGUUUUGGAUGUUAAUGAAGAUUUUAAGAAUGAUAAGAUUAAACAGGAGUACCUGAUUGAAAAGGUCAAGUCUUUCCUGGCUUCUUAAGAUAAUGAAAAUUCAUUUGAAUGUCAAGUCUCUGAAGUUCAAGAGUUAAACCUAAGAUCAGCACGCUCUUAGGACAAUUUACUUUAACUGAAUGUAUGAGUUGCAUAGCUUAUUUCAAGGCAAGAUUCAAGCACAGAAUUUGGUUUGGGCUUUUUUUUUGCUUGUCUGACCUGUGUGGGUUUUGACAGAAUUUUCUGUAUAGUUAAAACAUCUGGGGUGCUUUGAUAAUGUACUUUGUGUAUAUUCUCUGUUGUUUAAUAAAGAUUUCAAAAUAA